AUGUUUGAUGAAAAUUUUCUUAAGCAAUGUCUAGAUGUGAAAAUUGAUUACAAUUUUUUAGGCAAUGAUAUUGAAUUGAAACCAAACAAAUGGACAGAUGCUGUACGCGAUAAACUCAUAAUUAAAUUGAAGAAACUUUUUGGCAAUAAUUCAGACAAAUAUGUGAACAGGGAUUCAAUGGACUAUUUUACUUAUACUAGUUUUAUAACACCUGACUGUCCAAACAGUGAUGAAUGUGAAUUAAUUUUAUUAUAUAUGAUUUUUGGCUAUCAUUUUGAUGAUGUUUAUUCGGAAAAUCCGGAAAAAUUCAAACAAUUUAUACCAAUUGCCAGUGAAAAACAUUAUAAAUUUGACGAUACAAUGGCCACUGGUUUGCCUAAAUUAUACACUUAUAUAAUGAGUGAAUUUGAAAAACGAAUGUCUAAAACAUUGUUCAAUCGCUAUCACAACAAAAUGUUUGAAUGGAUGACUACUUGUGCCGAUAUAAAGACAUUACAUUUGUCUACCGAAUCGCUAACAUUGGAAAAGUUUAUGGAUAUUAGACUAUUAGAUUCGGGUACUAAAACCUUAUGGAUACUAAACGAGUUUUCCGCUCGGUUUCAAUUGGAAACCCUAACCGCCGAUACUGUUGUGGCCGCCGAUCCAACAGUUGGCCGACAAUUGAAGGCAUUUGAAUGGUACGGUGGAGUCGUACCGUUGCUUAUCAAUGAUAUCACUUCAUUCAAAAAGGAAGCAAAAACUAAUGAUCUGAAUCUGAAUUAUAUUUAUUUGAUUGCCUUAAGAGAUCAGUUGAGUCCACAACAAGCCAUGGAUAAUGUAAUUGCAUUAAUUAAGGAUCAAAUUUGGCCGACACUUAAUAAAAUUAAGGAUCAAUUAUUAAUGGCUAAUACUAGACUAAAUAUACCAAAUUUGGAUAUAUAUGUUAAUGAACUAUUUAAAGCAGUGGCUUAUGCAGCGAUCAGACUGCUGAGCUCUCAGUCGAGCGAAAUGCUCGACACAAAUUGUCUUACUCUUGAACUGGUCGGUUGCCGUCACUUUGCUCCACAAUACAUUGUAGUGUAUUGUAAUGAUAUUGAAUUACAAGCAAACAAAUGGACAGAUGCUGUACGCGAUAAAGUCAUAACUAAAUUGAUGGGACUGUUCGGUACAAAUGCCGACAAAUAUUUGACCCGAGAUUCAGUAGAUUUUAUAACUUAUUUUGGUUUUAUAUCACCCGAUAGUCCAAACAGUGAUGAAUAUGAAUUAGUUAUAUUGUAUAUGAUUUUUGGCUUUUAUUUUAACGAUGUUUACGCUGAAAAUCCUGAAAAAUUCAGUCAAUUUCUACCAGUUAUUAGCGAAAAACAUUAUGUAUUUGAUGAUACUUUACCAACAAGUUUAGCUAAAUUGUAUAUUUAUAUAAUGAGUGAAUUUGAAAAACUAAUGUCUAAAUCAAUGUUCAAUCGGUUUCAUCGAAAAGUUGUUGAAUGGCUUACUAUUUGUGCCGAUAUUAAGACAUUUCAUUUGUCUACCGAAUCGGUAACAUUGGAAAAGUUUAUGGAAACUAGAAUUCCCGAAUCGGGUACUAAAACCUUAUGGAUACUAAACGAGUUUUCCGCUCGGUUUCAAUUGGAUAGUCUAACCGCCGAAACCCAAGUAACCACCGAUCCAUCAGUUGGCCAACAAUUGAAGACAUUUGAAUGGUACGCAUCGGUCAUACCGUUGCUAAUCAAUGACAUCACUUCAUUCAAAAAGGAAGCAAAAACUAAUGAUCUGAAUCUGAAUUAUAUUUAUUUGAUUGUCUUAAGAGAUCAGUUGAGUCCACAACAAGCCAUUGAUAAUGUAAUUGCCAUAAUUAGGGAUCACUUUUGGCCGACAAUUAUUAAACUUAUGGAUCAAUUAUUAUUGGCUAAUACUAGACUAAAUAUACCAAAUUUGGAUAAAUAUGUUAACGAACUUUUUAAACCAAAUUGA